AGCGAAAAUAUAAGCUCCUGUCCGUGACCCGGUUCGUCAUGGCGGCCAGAAAGCCUCGCUCGGUGGCCAACCCUUUGGAGUCCGCUAUCACUUCACCGAGUGAGAGGAUACUGAGAGAAUGCCACAGUUUGUAUGUCGACAGCGAAAACGGCCUGGUCAAGAUUGCCAGCAGCCUCGGAGUGCGUCUACUGCCCCCCAGGAAGAAAAUUAUUGUGAUGAUCAUGGGUAACCACUCUGCAGGAAAGAGCUCCUUCAUCAAUUGGUAUGUCGAAGAGCACAUCCAAAAAACUGGUGUUGCCAUCGAAACGCAGGGCUUCACGUUCAUCACAAGUGGGCGUAAAAGAGAAUCAUUGACGGGGAAUGCAACGUUACAUCUCUACCCCCAUUUUCGACCGCUCCUUGAGUUCAAAGGUGUUAUGGACUACCUGUCGGUGGAGAUCUCCACCUCCAAGCAGAAGAAGUUCAGCCUUGUGACCUUUGUGGACACACCUGGCUUGGUGGACGGGGACAUGAUUUACCCUUUUAAUGUCAACAGCGCCAUCACAUGGCUGGGAGAACAGUCCGAUCUGAUAUUUGUAUUCUUCGACCCGAUGGGUCAGGCGCUGUGCAGGCGCACGCUAAACAUUGUGGAGAAACUGAGUGAGAAAUGUGGAGACAAGCUUUUGUUCUACCUCAGCAAGGCUGAUGAAGCUGGCAAGGAAACAGAUCGACAGAGAGUGAUGAUGCAGAUCGUCCAGGAAUUGUGCCGCCGCCAAGGUCUCAACAAAUGUGGUUUUGAAAUGCCAACAAUAUAUAUCCCAAACCCACAGAAGCCAAGCCGCUGUGUGAACCAGAUCCACGGAGUGUGUCAAACCAUCGAAAAGACCAUCAGCCAGGCUGUGCAGAGGACUUUGGACCAGUUGGAGAAAGACUGUGAUUUAAUUUGCUCCACCAUCAGCAACAGACUACAACAGGACAGGACUGAUGCCACUUACAACAAAAAUGUCCGGCUGAACUCGUUCGUGUGCGGUGCUUUGGGAGUCUUCCUUCCUCUUCUCUUCAUCCUUAGUUUUGUUGUGAGCACCUUCUCUAAAGAGCAGCUCAGUGAGCUGAUGGGCGAAGGGCCUGCACAAACCCUGACUAUCUGCACUGGAAUAGUAAUGUACGUAUGGGAUUGGAUUCCAGAAAAUGGACAAGUUGUUUUUAUAAUGUUUUUUGGAGCCUUUUGCUACUUCCUACUUAUCCUAGCUAAACAUUUUUCUGGUCAAAGAAACAAGACUUUAACAAAGAAGGAGAAGAGGACGAUGAAAGAGUACAGUGAUUAUAUCCUGGAUAUCGUCAAAACCAAGAAGGGUAAAUUGUAUGAAUGGUACCUCCAGCAAUGCGUUGCAGAAUAUGACCUUUGACCCUGGGUUAGACGAAUGUACUUCACACUUGUGCGUAUAUCAGCACAGCGUUGAAAGGUCAGAUGUUAGGACAAAAUAUAUGCUGUAGUCUGAUGAAACACUGGGAAGUUUGUAAAGAUACUGACUGAUCAUUCACCAAAUAAUACAGCCAUGAGUGAUUUUUUAAAAAAAUAAGAUUUUUAUUUUUUUUUUUAAAGAUAUUAAAAAGUGCCUUUGUUCAGUAUAGUCAAGAGACUAUGAUUGUAGUCAUUUAAUGAAAGGAGAAUAAAUUUGAAUACCUUUUUUUUUUUUUUUUUUUUUUUAGUUCAUAAAUGUAGCUGGUUCACAAAUUUACUUCUUAAUUUAUUACCGGCAGCAAAAAAAAAAAAAAUCUGUGUUCUUAAACCUAAUUGCACCGUCCCCAUAUAUUGUCUUUGGAAGAUGCCACAAUGUGCUCUUUUAACAAGCAGGUUUUUUUUUUUAACCUUUAUUUAUCCAGGUAAAGCAAUUGGGAACAGAUUCUCAUUUACAUUGCUGACCUGGCUGCAGACAACAGAAUAAAACAAAGCAACGCUGUUGUAGUAGCUGGGCAUUAUUGUCGUUAAUUUUUAUACCAGUAACACUCCUGCCAUUUUUUUGUAUACAAUACAGUGCAGUGUAUCGCAUGUCCAGGACAACAAUUUGCAAACAAUCUAGUGAGCUCCAAUUCAAGAGCUGGACGAAAAGAAAAUCUGCAUUCACAAAUAUAGUAAUGCGCAGUUUUCAUUGAUACUAUUGGAGACUUGUUAAAAAUGUUUGAGUUUGCGGUGGUGCAUUUUACUGAGAUCUGUUUCUCAUGAAUGGUUUUGGUUACCUUAUUGAGCUACGUGACGGGGCAAAAUAUUAGGAACAGCUCUCCAGUGUGAUGCCUUGCUGUUGUACACACAACCACUCUCAUCAAAAUGCACACAUUUUGAAAUGAAUACCUUUCUCACAGUAUCAGUUAAGACUGAGUAUUUCCGUAUUUUCUCAUAUAAUAUUGAGGGUUGAAGGUUUAUUCAUGUACCAGACGGGUAAGGCGUUUAAAGGGCAGGCUUGUAUUUGUAUACAUUUUUUUAUGUAUUUUAAUAUUUUCCACAAAUAAAGACGCUUGAUUUAAAAUUUGUAUUAGAAUAUAAUGUAAUGUAAUAUAUUCUGUACAGUCUCUUUUAUAAUGGAAUGUGUUUAAAAGCAUAACAGCUCAUGUACCGGAUCUCAUUACGUUGUGCUGGUGUCCCAAUGAGUUUAAAAAAACAAAAAAAAUUUCAAAUAAGUCGUCGUGAUGCAGUCAUGACUGCAGCGUAAAUAAUACAGCAAUAAAGUGUAAAUCAGUUUGAUCAUUUAACACUUAAACACCACAGUUUGGCAACCUAUUUAUUACCGGAAACAAAGUUUUACGCCAAACUGACACUCCGGGCUUGAUGUUGACUUUUUGUUUUUGUUUUUUUUGUUUUUUUUACUGUCACAUGAUGAAAUGCUGAGACAAUGGUGUUACAUUUCAAGUUUCCACCAUUUCAGUGCCGCUAUUAUCCCGUCAAUUGUAAAAUUACAUAAAAGGUAAAAAUCCAGGGAUAACUUUUAUUUUUUAGCAUAAAAUUGUGUAAUACAAGUUUGUAUUGGGUAUGUGAUCUUCGUGAGUUUAAACGAUCUAGAUUUGAACAGUAUUUUUUUUUUUUUGUGGUAUGAAAUAUGGGAGAAAAAAAAAUGUCAUUCAAGGAGAAAUACUUUUCUGCCUCAGAUAAUGUACUAUGUCAAACGCACACUUGAACUUUGUCACUUCUGUGAAAUUCAUUAAA